AUGGCACCCUCGGCACCCAUCACAGGAACGCCAGAGAUCGUGCUGCAACUGGGACAAGUGACCGAUUCAAACUUUUAUCGCUGGUCUGUCAUCAAGCGAUUGCUCCAGGAUGAUCAACGGAAACGUGGCGGCAAAGACCCGUUUGUAGUGUUAGAGUAUGGCUCGAAUCUAGGCUCGAUUAGUAUUCCUCUUGCCUCCACCUUUCCCCUUGCCACCGUCAUUUCCGUGGAGAGCGGGGACGUGGAUCCUGCCCAACGGCAUAGCCUGCCUUAUGAAGUCAAGGUGAUGGGCAAGGUGAAAUUCCAUGAGCAGGUGCUCACCACACUAGGUGUAGACAACAAUGCCGUGUGUAAGGCCAGCGUAAGCAUGGCGAUGCUCCAGCGGCUGCAAACUGCGCGCGUGCGCUUUGACUUUCAGCUGCUGCUGGAUUUCGUCCACCAUAUCGAUGCGGACUCCUUUGAGGAGUUGUCUGCGUUUCUGCGCGCCCUCGUGCCCCUCGCUCGUGUCACAGUCAUCGAAAUCCCACGCGUUGACGCCGAUGCUGCUGACGCGAAUGCAUGGUUCUCAAAAGGAUCAGCCAUUCAGACGGUGCGUGAGGCGCUUUCGUUGCUUCCGUACACACGCGUGGACUCGCUUGUCGGUGGGCGUCAGACAAUCCAGCUGAUCGCUAUCGAGAACACGGCUGUCAGCGAAGGGCUCGCCCUUGCACCCGGUCACGCUUUCUGCCAGCAGGCUUUUGACGUGCUGCGGUGCGAGAACGAAUUGCAAUCAGCGUGGUGUCCAGGCACUGCUGGCGCCAACGCCCAGCAAGGCGGAGGGGGCGGUGGUCGUGGUGCUGUAAACCUCCGCCCUGACGCAAUCAGACACGGGGGAAGCAAGCAGCAACAACAACAGGAGCAGGAGAGCAAGAGCAAGGUGACCACGACAACGACAACAACCCGUCGUCGUCCCACUACAACCAAGAAGUACGUCAAGCUGUGA